GGCGGGACGUAAACAGAGCAGCUGAAGGAGCGGAACGACGGUUGGAGAAGGACUGUGAAGAAGCCUCGUCCUACCUUCGGUUAUUUUUCCCGUCGGUUCUGGGUCCGGUCCGCCUGUUAGAACAUAAGAUCAUUUCUUUCCAACUUCAGCUACAGUGUUAGCUAAGUUCGGAAGGGAGAAAAGGAGAGAAACGUCGCGUUUUCCUUUGUUUUUUUGCCUCCGACGGUUGAAUGCAGAGAUAGCCGGGGUUGACCUCUGUCACCAGCACAAAAGAAGGAAAAAUUAACGUUAAAAGGUUGUUUAAAACGUUGUAAAAUGGAAACUACUGCACCCAAGAAGAAGAGAUGCUGCGAAUCCAUCAGAGAUUUCUUCACUUCAGCCAUGUUUCUUAUUUACAUGGGCCAUGCACUGUCAACAUGGGGUGAUCGGAUGUGGAACUUUGCUGUGGCCGUUUUCCUGGUGGAGCUCUACGGGAACAGUCUGCUCCUCACAGCUGUAUACGGACUGGUGGUGGCCGGGUCCGUGCUCCUGCUGGGAGCCAACAUCGGGAACUGGGUGGACAGAAACCCCAGACUCAAAGUGGCCCAGACCUCGCUGCUGGUCCAGAACAGCUGUGUGAUCUUGUGCGGCGUCCUCCUGAUGCUUGUUUUCCAUUUCAAAGGACAACUCGUGGAGCUUUACAAUGGAUGGAUUCUGACCACCUGCUACAUUCUGGUCAUCACCAUCGCCAACAUUGCCAACCUGGCCAGCACAGCCACCUCCAUCACCAUCCAGCGGGACUGGGUGGUGGUGGUGGCCGGUCAGGACAGCAGCAGGCUGGCAGACAUGAACGCCACAGUUCGGAUCAUCGACCAGCUCACCAACAUCCUGGCUCCUAUGUUAGUAGGCCAGAUCAUGGCCUUCGGAUCCCAUUUCAUCGGCUGUGGCUUCAUAUCCGGCUGGAACCUCUGCUCCAUGUGCGUAGAGUACGCUCUGCUGUGGAAGGUGUACCAGAAGACUCCAGCUCUGGCUGUGAAGGCUGGACAGAAGGAGCAGGAGCUCAAACAGCUCAGCCCCCAGAGAGAUUGUGAGAACAAUCAGAUCCCUGAAGACUCGUCUCAGCCGCUGAUGAACGAAGUCUCGGUGACAAAUGCCUCCGACUCUCCCAAACAGCCCAGCUGCUGCGACCAGGUGAGCAAACCGCUGCACACCUUCAAGGCCGGCUGGGUGGCCUACUACAACCAGAACAUCUUCUUCGCCGGCAUGUCCCUGGCCUUCCUCUACAUGACAGUGCUCGGCUUCGACUGCAUCACCACGGGCUACGCCUACACGCAGGGCCUGAACGGCUCCAUCCUCAGCCUGCUGAUGGGCGCCUCGGCCAUCUCGGGCAUCUGCGGCACCGUCGCCUUCACUUGGGUUCGCAAGAAGUGCGGCCUGAUCCGCACGGGCUUCAUAUCCGGGGCGGCCCAGCUCUCCUGCCUCCUGCUGUGCGUCUUCUCCGUCUUUGCUCCGGGAAGCCCCUUCGACCUGAGCGUGUCGCCCUUCCACGACCUCUACACCCACCUGAUGGGGGAGCAGACCCUUCCGGUGGCCGACCACAGCCUCACCGACGCUCUGAGCAGAAACGCCACCACUGCUCCACCGGCCCAGGAGCUGCCGCCUUUACAGUCCUACAUGUCUGUCAGUCUGCUGUUUGCUGGGGUCAUCGCUGCCAGAGUUGGUCUGUGGUCCUUUGAUCUUACAGUGACCCAGCUCAUCCAGGAAAAUGUGAUGGAGUCCGAGCGAGGCGUGAUCAACGGUGUCCAGAACUCCAUGAACUACCUCUUAGACCUGCUGCACUUCAUUAUGGUGAUUCUGGCCCCUAACCCAGAGGCCUUCGGGCUCCUCGUCAUUAUCUCCGUGUCCUUCGUGGCCAUGGGUCACAUCAUGUACUUCCGAUUCGCCUUCAAGAGCCUGGGCAGCCGCCUGUUCCUGUGCUGCUCGGCGGAGCAGAAGGUGGAGAUGGACGACAGUCCCUCACUUCCGACCACUGUGUAGAAACCACAUUACAGAGACUCUGUCCCGGGUCCCAGCCGGACCUGCCCUAUGGCUUAUUUAUCCAACUAAUAUGAACACUUGUAGCUGUUAGGAUCCUGAUGCUGCCCACGGUCAUUAACGCAGCUGUAGCAGAGGGAGUACACGGGUUAUAGUCACAGAAAACUAACUUGUAGUGUAACUUUAGAUAAGUCAGGGCCCCUUCAAGAGCUUCUGCCUUCGCUUAUUAACACGUUCAUGAAGUCUCGUCGAGGAUCCGUCUCCUCCUGGCUUUAAGGGACUCCAUCAAAGAACCGGGGCUCUGCAGCCCAGUAAGAUCUUCUCCCCUUUGACCGGAUUGAGCCAUAAAAGGUGUCAGGUGAGAGAGAGGACGGUCAGGGAAGCAGGUGAUGGAUCAUAUUGCCUCUCACCGGUGCUGCGUCUCCUUGCCAGGGUCAGGGAGGACGCCUCUUAUUUAACCAAACACAUCACUGCUCUCUUUAAUGGCGAUAAGGGUCGAACUAUUUAUUCAUGGCGUGCAGACAGUUUUUAUGCAAACUUUAUCAUCAGUAUUGUGGUUUCUCACCAAACAAACCAGAACUCAUGCACCGCAAUAAUAGAUCUUAGUUACCAAAGUCUCUGUGCUUUCUGGUGUAAAAGGAAGUGAGGGAAACCAGUUCUCUGUCUGAGUCUUGCAGUAUGUCUCCACACCUGCUGGUGGCAGGACAACCCAAGUUACUCUGAAAACGUCUUUGUCAGAUUAUAGAGAAAGAAAAUCAUCUCUUCAGGUAGUUAAUGUUUAAGUUCUUAGUCAUUUCUGUUGUGAUUGUCAUUACUCAGGCACUUUAAGUGAUUGACGUCUGUUAUUACACUCAGCUAAUCAUCAGACACUCGUUCAGAUUUUUGUUCUUUUUGCACAAAGUUGAAGCCCCGCCCUCUAACCCCAAUCCACCCUCAGUCACGCGUCGUCUGAGAGAGAACUGCGGUGGAAACCCCCAAGAAGGCACAUAUGAAAACACUUAGCCACCACAUGUUCACCAGGAGAACGUGAUCCGCUGUGAGCACCAGUUCCUCCAAUUCAAAAGGUCUCAGUCAGCAACAUUUACCUGCUAACACACUGAGUUUCAUUCCUGUCGCUCUGAGCUUUAAGCAUUAAGUCAAAGUUUGGCCGGUGCUUGCAAAUCCCUAAACAGAGACACAAUUUCUUAUGUUUUGCAUCCAAGGUGCCGGACUUUGGAAUAGGUCGUCUUCAGCAAGAGAACUCCAGACUUUCUGAAGGUGUUUUACUUUUGACUUUGGCUGCUUGUUUUCAGUCCAGUACCUGAUCAUUUUCUACUAGCAUGAUGGGCUUAAAAACAUUUGGAGAAGGAGGUCCCCAGCCUAAAAGGAAUUUCUGGCAGAAGACCAGAAGAAGAGCUGACAGAAUCUGAGAGCCAUACCUACAUGUGUCCAGUUUAUAAUCCUUUGCCAGAGCUAAAUUCCUUCUUCAGUUGUAAAGAAGCAGCCAAAGUCCAAAGAAAAACCUCCAAAAAGCUUAGAAAGUCUGGAGAACUGUUGAUCAGGACCAGUUUAAAAGAUGACAGCAAAGUCUGGCUCUUUGGAGGGAAGAUGUGAAGAAUUCAGGAAUGAACCGGGUCUUUUUUUAGUUAACUCUCCGGCUUUGCCAGAAUACUCCUGAUCAUUUAUGGUUCUGGACAAUAACAGUCAAUUUAAGCUACUGACCAGAUUAAUCCCAAAAGUGACUCUUUACUCUGAAAAGUGUGGUUCUCUUAAUUUUAAUGUUCUAUACAAACGUUUAUAGCUCCGCCGUGAGAGAUUCAUGUAGCUUUAUCUGCUUCCUUCCUCCGUCUCAACGCCUUAUCGGAAACAGCUGUUCAACGCACAUGUUCACAGGCUACGUCUGGAUGUCCGCACGUAGCCCGCCUCAGAACGCAGCCCGGGUCACAGUCGUAAGACUUGGCCUGGAAACCGAGUCGAUGGAGCAGAACUGAGGGAGUCUUCAGUCCAAGUCACUUUCUAAUGCAACCUCUCAGCGAGUCCGAGUCAGGAAUACCACCCAUGGCCAUUAACUGUAUAUUAGCAUUAGCUUUGAGUCAGAAUAGACUUAAUGUAGAGAACUAGAGCGUGAACUGAUGUUUUUAACAGUUUUUUUAUAUCUUGUCAUUUGUUUAUGUGCUAAUUUGUGCUUUUAUUACAUUUAAUCUAAAUACACCUGCUCUAAUCUGAUGACCAUAACCAUGUGUGUGUGUGUUCGUGUAUAAACAUACAGUAUUGUAGUUUUCUAGUUAAGAGCGUGAAAUCAUAAAGGAAUCAGAUUUGUUUCUGUGUAAAAAUCACACUCCAGUAGAUAAUGAGGAUGUGGUUCUGCUUGUGAUGCAUGAGGUUCUGAAAUAAAGUCCAGAUUAAAAACCUG